AUGAAAUCUUCAGCACUCCGAUACGCCAACAAGAUGUUACCGAUGUUUGGAGAGAAGGCUGGGAUGCAAGGAGUGGAUAAAGAGAAAAUCUCGAAAAUCAUCGAUGAAAACACCGGCCAGAAGUUCAGCGCCUUCUCAAAGAAGAAACAGGACCGAAUCGAUAAAAGAAACGCGGAAAUUAAACGAACCUUGGAGAGUUUGGGAGAAAAAGAUCUUCAACGUUUGGAAAAAGAGGUAGAUAAACAAGUAGCCGCUUUGGAGAAAACGCGGGAUUUAACUCGUCAUUGUGUUCACAUCGAUAUGGAUGCUUUUUUCGCGGCAGUUGAGAUGCGAGAUGAACCCCGACUCAGAACGAUCCCAAUGGGAGUCGGAAGCUAUCAAAUGCUGAGUACAUCAAAUUACAUUGCGCGAAGGUUCGGUGUUCGAGCGGCGAUGCCAGGUUUCAUUGCAAAGAAGUUGUGCCCCGAGUUGGAAAUCAUCGCUGGCAACUAUCGCAAGUAUGGAACGGAAAGCAGGAUAUUCUCAAAGAUAUUUGACGAAUACGAUCCGGAUACGAGUAUGGGGUCACUAGAUGAGGCGUAUCUUGAUAUAACCGAAUACGUUAACGAUAGGGAACAACCAAAAACCUACGCUCGAAUUCGUUACUCUGGUGAAUGCUCUUGUCGUCUACCAUAUAUUGAUGUCGAGGAAUUAAAGAAAGAGUCCAAUCCAAAUAAACAAUCGCCGUCGAAAAACCAGGGUGCAGAUGAUACACUGCAGAAAAUAAUCCACUCAAAGAUGUUGUGCUCAAAAUGCUCCAAAGAAAGAUGGAUCAUCCAAGAUCAAAUAUCUUUUGGAACAACUCGCGGAGAUAUUGUUCGAGAGAUUCGCUUCCGUGUAGAGCAAGCAACUGGUUUAACUUGUAGUGCAGGUAUUGCCGCAAAUUUCAUGUUGGCUAAGAUUUCCUCGGACUUUAACAAACCGAAUGGACAAUAUGAAUUGGAGAACGAUCGCGAGAAAAUCAUCGAUUUCUUAAAGGAGCUUCCGAUAAGAAAGGUGAGCGGAAUCGGAGGGGUCAGCGAGGCGCAUUUAAAAGCGGCUGGGAUUAGUACAGUAGGUGAUAUAUGGGCACGUCGAGUGGUGCUGCCUACGAUCUUCUCCGCUAUUUCAACGGAAAGCUUUUUGCGGACAUCAAUGGGAUUGCCGCAUAGACCAUCAACGUCUGAUGAUCAUCGAAGAAAGUCUAUUUCCGUCGAAACGACUUUUCAACCAACCGGCGAUGAAAAGAAAUUGCGAGAAAAGUUGCGCGGUUUGUCUGAGGAAUUGGCCGGACAACUACCGAAGGCGCACAUUUGUGGAGGUUUCAACGUUGGAAUCAAGAUUAAAUUAGCUACUUUUGAUGUGCUGACUCGAGCAAAUACUACGGACAAACUAGCUUCAAAAGGUGACGAAAUUUACAAAAUAGCCGAAACAUUGCUCGAAAGAGAACUUGGAGUGGAUAUUCGUUUGUUAGGGGUACGCCUUUCGAAGCUAGAAUUUGUGGAAAACGAAGUGAAGGAAGAUGAGAAGAAGAAAGGCUCACGGAUCGUUGAUUACAUGAAGUCGCCGAAAAAACAGUCGACCUCAAAAGAUGUAGACACAAUAUGUAUGAGCUCUGGUGAUGAAAUUGGUGAUUCGGAUGGCGAAAACGUGGCAGCCCGGUGUCCUUUAUGUGGUCAAGAAUUACCAAUCGAUGAUGAACGAGCGGUCAAUGCACACCUUGACGAAUGCCUGAACGCGGAUUUGCUGAAAACUCUGGAAAACGGGCGAUUGAGCAACAGCGCGAAAGAAACGAAGAAUAUUGCAAAAGGAGGCAAAUCGAAAUCAAAGGCUCCGAAUACCAAGAAGGUAACCAAGCGCAAGAGUGACACUCAAAGUAUAACCACGGAUCAGAUCGCCGGUGAAAUGGAACUGAAAUUUGCAGUGAAACAAGCGUAUAGACCAACACCACCAAAAAGGCCGCUACACGACGAUGAUAAGGAGAAUCGGGUGAAAUCGAGCGAUAUUGGAAAGAAUACAGCGAGGAUCCCUUUUAAGAGAUUUGUGAUCGACGAUGGUGAAUUUCGAACCGGUCAUCCUUUACGAAACGUCUGUAUAGCGAUCGAUGUUGAGAAUAAAAAAGCAUCUUCCUCUCUCCAAGCCGACAUUCAGAAACUCGGUGGCCAAGUUGUGUAUUCGAUAAACGAUGAACCGUCACCAGUCUUGCUUGUCUCCGAUCACUCACUGGCUGAGAAGCUCGAAACGUUGCCGGAUCCUCUAAAACAGCUCAAUGAAGCGAAACUACGCUCCCUUCCGCCAAUUUUUCGCAAUGCAUGGAAAUUGAGCAUUCGUGUUCGCUCGAAAAGCUCAUUCGAGAAGAUUUUGGAUUCGAUAAAAUCUCGAACUCGGGUAGCGGUGAAGAAGAAAUUCGGUGAUGGUGGAGAACAACAAGACGCAAAAGCUGGUCCUAUUAAAAGACCGUUUGUAAAGAUCGAUUUCGAUCCGGAGCCUGAGCCAAGCACAAGUCAGCAGUCGCAGAAAAAGUUUAAAGCGAUGCACUAUCAACCAGCAUUUGAAGAAUUUGAAAAAGACGAUUUUCCGACGAUUUACCUUGGUGAGUAUACGGGCGAGUCACUUUUUGAAAAGAUGCAGCCGAUCCCUGAACAACUCAUCAAACCAUCUAUUGAGCCUGAUUUGAGUCAGAAGUUUGAAGAAUUAAACGAUUCAGCGUGCAGUAAAGCGUUUUUAACGGAUGGAUCUGAGAAAGAGGUUCAUUGUGAACUUUGUAAUGUGAAAGUUUCACCGACGAAAAAGGAACAACAUUACUCUUCUGCGACUCAUCUCACGAAGACACUUGCUCCCGCAACUUACAGUGCUUUUGAUGAGUUUCUGGGCGUACGAGAAGAUUAUGCUGGUCUAAUAAAACUGCCUCCCAGCAUCCCUCAACGAAUUUGGCCAACUACGAAAAAAAAUGAAAAUUUAUGGAAAGAAGCAAAUGAUUUCGAUGGAUGGCUUCAAAAAAUGGCCGGGAACAGCUCAACGGAGGAGGAUGACGAGCAUGGAUAUUUAGACGAUUUAAGGAUUUUUUUGAAUUCACAACAACAAGAAUUGUUUCCAAUGUCUGAUUCUGCGCAAAUGCAAGGGGAUUCAUUUCUGGAGAAAUCAUACUCAAUGUCCGAUUGUGAAAUACAAGCUGAUGAUGAGAUGUUCGUUGAUCAAUUCUCGGCACAAAGUAUCUCCACCGAGAAAAAGGCAUUUGAAGAGAAAGAAUUAAAGAUACCUUUGAGCUCGGAUGAUGCCAAAUUGCAGCCAGCCAUUGACCAGGUGAUAAAGAAGACUUGGCGACAAAUCCAAGAGACAUCCAAGAACGAGCCCGAUUGCGCCCAAUUCAUAAAAACUUUAUGCUUUGUUGACGAUAUGAUGCAAAAUGUUAGUGAACUCGUCGAAAACACUAGUCCAAGAGAAACGGACGCUUGUAUAAACAUGUUAGCGAAGCAAGGAGUGCGUAGUACUCUUAAUGAGUUCACAAUGUUGGCGCAUAAUCACGUGCCAAGUCUUGUCGAUGCAAUGAACUCGAAAGAGUUUGACAAAAAGAUUCAAAUCGAUCGUCAACCAGUCGAAAACAAAUUCGGGGAACAGUUGCGAAAAACGAUGGCCGAACAAGAUCAUCCCGCUCGAACACAACCCGAUUUUGAUAUCUAUAAAGCAUUUUUUAUU